AUUUAUUCUUAUAGUGCACUUGCGGUUAAUUUCAGUUCGCUUACAUUGAAGCCAUGCUUUGAACGUUAUCUUGGCUUCAAAUUAAGUAAUGCUAAGCCAUACCAUAGUGAAUGGAGAAUGAAAACUGCUGAAGACUGCUUACACUUUUGCGCUCUUUCAUUGUCGAGAUGCCGGUCAGUGGUUUACGAUAAAUUCUUGCAUGUUUGCCAUUAUAUUCCGGGUGGCAGCGGGGAAGAAAAUCUUGAACACGAUUCACGAAUGAUCUUUUUCAAAAUUUCUGGCCGAGACUGUCCUGCUUUUAGUUAUUUCGAUGCUGAGCGUGAAUGUAUUCUUCAUAUCAAUAAUGCUGCUUCAAUUGAAUCACUUAAUUUAAUACCAUCUCCGACGACAAAUUUCAAUUCUAGAACACAAAUGAAAUUUUGUUUUCCAGGUGAAUUUUUCUUUUUAAGAAAGGUAUUCAUGGCGUUCCAUGAUUUCACUCUUACUGUUUGGCCUCGUGAACAAUACAAUGGUUUACCUGAGGGGCGUGCAGGAUUGCAAGCCUGUAUUGAGCUAUGCAUUUUAUCCUCAGAGUUUUACUGCAAGUCGGCGUCAUUUAUAAUCAAACAAGGAAAAUGCAUUCUCCGCGAUGAAAAUUCAGUGACGAUGCCCAAAGAGUUCCGUGAAAACUAUGAUCCGAAUGAGCUAUAUUUUGAAAAUGGUUGCAAUCACAAGCAAAUAAGUAAUUUUUUCUCAAAUUUUCAUUUCUUAUUUCAGAAUAGUAAUAUUAGGUUCUCAUUUUUUCUUGUUCUUCUUCAUUUGAUACUGCUACUUGUCUGA